AGGAACGGCUCCGUUCAGGCGCUCCUCGCGGCUCCAGCUAACACGAGGACCGUUUUCAGUGAAACACCUGAGUUUUACUAGUCACAGCAGAAACAUCUACUGGAGUACUGACUAACUGAUCUGAUUUAAUUAAAAAAAAAUAAAAGAUGACUGACAGAAAAUAUAAAGCUAUUAGCAAAAUUGGAUGCUUUAAAGACUAAAAUUAUAAUAAAUAACUACAAAUUUAUUUUUUACAUAAAACUUAUUAGGUAAUGUAAAAAUGUGUUAGAAUGGACGAAAUGGCUCCAAAGGCUUUCUUCAACAAAUCGUGCUUGGUGCAUUUUUGAUUGUUCAUCAUUCAGCGAAGCCCGGCGGUCCUGCGGGGCGUGGAUCUGGGCCCGUGUGUGGACAGGUGGACGGUUGAAUACCUGGCGAUGAAAGGAGGUCAGAGGGAGGUGAAGAUCCACGUCUCCUCCGUACCUCAGAUGGAUUUUCUUCAUAAAAACUUCAUCUACAGGACUCUGCCAUUUGAUGAGUUCGUCAAAAAAGCAGCUGAGACCAAACACUCUGACUUCUUCCUGGCUGAGGAGGAGAGCUACUACCUCCGCUCACUGGGAGAGGACGUCCGGAAGGAACCCGCUGACCUGAGCAGACAAUUCCCGGACCUGGCUGAGGACUUUCACACGCCGCGGUACUUUGAGCCGGACCGGUUCUUCUCCAGUGUUUUCCGGAUCAGCUCCUGCGGUCUGCAGCUGUGGACCCACUAUGACGUGAUGGACAACCUGCUGGCUCAGGUCACAGGAAGGAAGAGGGUCGCCCUCUACAGGCCCCAGGAUGCAUUGCACCUCUACCUCAACGGUGACAAAUCAGAGGUUCUGGACAUCGAUGCUCCAGAUCUGAAACGGUUUCCUGAGUUCAUAAAAGCCAAGAGAUACGACUGCGUUCUGGAGCCUGGAGAUCUGCUUUUCAUCCCCGCGCUGUGGUUCCAUAACACCCUUGCUCUGCACUUUGGAGUCGGCGUUAACAUCUUCUGGCGCCACCUGCCUGCAGACGCGUACGACAAGAAGGACCCGUACGGCAACAAAGACCCGGUGGCCGCUGCUCGGGCGCUGCAGACUCUGGAGAGGGCGCUGCAUGCUCUGGACGAGCUUCCGGCGGAGUACCGGGACUUCUACGGCCGGCGGAUGGUCCAACGCGUCCAGAACCGGACUUACUGCCACAAUUCAGAGUCAGAAACUACAUUACCCAGAAGUCUGUCCCACAAACCUGGACGAGUGUCUAAAGAUCUAUGAAGCAACGGAAACAGAGAACAUCGGUUAUUUCUUUGUAUAAAUGUUGGUAAAGUUUCACUUCUUGGUUUAAUUUAUUCAGAAUAAACAAAUUUGUCUGGAAAAAAGACAAAAACAUCAAGAAAUAAGAAAUUUUUUACUUCUGUCUCUUCUUGAAAGUUCUCUAAAUAGCUGUUGGACCAGAGAAUUAAAACAUUUUCAUCAGAUCAA